AUGCAAACCAAGUUGUGGCGCCAACAGCCCUUCAGCAAUAGCGAAGGGUUAAGAAAAACUAACUUAAUUCCACCUGCGACCCUUCGCCUUUUACGUUUUUAUUGUUUGGACGCCACUCAAAAAAUUGGUCGUGACCCCUUUCCCUUUUUAAUUCGUAAGAUAAUAUAACAUAGCAGCUUGCUAAUCUGCAUCUUCGCGUUGGCAAGCGGACAGCACCUAACAAGGCGUCCCUAAUCUCGCAGCUCGGCCACCGACACACAGCCAACGGCUUGCUUUUCUAGAGGAGACCGUACGGACCGCAGUACUGUAGCCGCUGUGUAGCAGCGGACAGUAAGAAUGCCUCAAACCGACGAGCAAAUCCUCAUACAGUACUUCCACGAAAUACCCAAAUCAGCGCCUGCCUACGCGGCCCUAGUCCUGUACUUCAUUGGGGGCCUAAUUGUCUUCUUCCAAUCAUGGAAGACCAAGGCCUGGUUCAUGACUGUGGUCAGCGCCACAGCCUGGCUUGAAGUCAUUGGAUUUGGGUUCCGAGUGGCCAUGAUCGCAUCGCCUGACAGACUCGUCUUUAUAAUGAUGCAGUGCUUUCUGAUCAUCACGCCCGUCAUAUUGCCGCUCGUCGAUUACAUCGUGGUGGGCCGGCUGAUGCGGUUCGGGGACGGAAGCAAGCUAUUCAUGAAGCCCCAUUGGGUGGCCCGUUUCUUCUUGACCAGCGACUUCUUCUGUCUCUUCCUGCAAGGCGGGGGCGGCGGCUUGAUUUCCAGUGAUAACCCAAAGUCCCAGCAACUGGGUCAGAAAGUUAUCUUGAUCGGCCUGUUUGGCCAGCUAGGGUUCUUCACCUUCUUCACAUUCCUCACGGUCUACAUUCAGCGGAGCAAGUCGUUUGCGCUGCAGGAGCGAGUGGUGGUGCCGAGUCAGAUCUUUACCUGCCUGUACGUCACCAUUGCGAUGAUGUACGUGCGUAACAUCUUUCGUUGCGUGGAGUUCAUUAUGGGCUAUGACGGCUACCUCGCAUCACACGAGGAAUUCUUUUACGCCUUCGACUUUGCGAUGAUUUUUGGCUGCAUUCUGGUGUUUUCCGCGCUCUUUUUCGGGUACUAUAUGCCGGAUAUGCAGGAGGUGACGCCGGUUCAGUCCGCGGUAGAGAUGACACAGGGGACUGAGAAGGUGAUCGUGAGGCCGAGCCCCAGGAAUAGCGGGUCGGAGAAUGUUUAGUGGCUGGAAGGGAGGGCUAGGACCGUCUCGCGUUCGUGUAAGCGCCAGCGGAAAAUGAUUACGCCAGCGGAAAGUGAAACCAAAUGGCUUGCAUGUAGGUGAUUACCUAUGUUGCUUUUGUUGGCAAAGCGGAAAUUGCAGUUUGUAUGUCGUACUUCAUCAUGUCGCACGGUAUUUGGGUUGCAUGCGUGGCGGCACAUCCCUUUGACCUGCAUUGGGGGCGGGUGUGGGGCCGACGUUUAGUUUUUGAGGUGGCUGCGGAGGUUAUGGUGUUGCCGUGACAAGUGAUUUGGAUGCAAAGUGAAAUGCGUGCAGCGAACUGAAGUGUUGUUUUCCAUGCACUGAACUUGCCUUGAUAUCACAGUGAGCCUUGUAGCUAGACUGGAUGAACUGCGGAAGAAUCCAACAUUCGGACGGUAGGCUAGCUGAAAGAGAGUUUUUAACCUGUACGGUGGGUUAGGACCAAGACUAGAGGGGCUGCUGGAUGCCGCUGGUACGAGCGAGGACCCAUGAGCGUGAGUGCCGUACACGCGCUUGCCGGUUGCAAGCACUGCGCGCUUCACACUGUUGGCUGCGAGGCUGUCGGCUUUUUGUACAACACAAAUACCCUUUUGACAACUUUACGUAAUUGUGCGGAUCCUCCUUAUUCUCUAGUGCACAGUGGGUAGCUGCGCACGCUAUCGUGGGCAGCUUCGCAGGAUUGUAGCAUGAGAUUGAAUUCUAUCGUACAUCUCGUCCGCUUUUCUCGUUUCCUUGUUUCCGUCACCUGCAACGCUUGGGGCGCUGCUUGCCUAAUGUCGUAGGAGCUGCGACUGUAAGACGGUUCCAUCCACUGAGUCCUAUUUAGACAUGCAGCAUAGGUUUCCAGAGUCCCUAGGUUGACUGAUUACAGAGGAUGACGGGAUGCCUUCGGUGUGGUAUGCGGUAUGUAGGAAGAGCUUGCUAAAACGGUUUGCAGGCUUGGCUCGAGGUUCGCAUCAGCUCUGUAAGCAUGCCUGCCGUCACAAGGGUGGGC